AUGGCAUUCUCAUCCUUCUUGGCGAGCCUCCUCAUCAUGAUGUCUCUUGUUGACAACAGCUUCUCCGAGGGUGAAGCUUCUUUUCAAAGGUGCACAUCCUUCAAGUGGCCCUUCACCCCACUUUGCGACUUGGGCACUGUAUGGGGUGUGGUGGUGCCAGUGGGACUGGGCGGGGCAGCCCUGGCCUCCCUCAUCCUGGCCCUGGUGCUGCUGUGCCGCUUAAUGCGGAACAUCGAGGCAAAAAGGCGUAGCGAGGUAACACCGCUGCUGUUGCUGCUAGCCAGCAUCAUUGGGCUAUGCGGCCUCAGCGCGGUGUAUCUCACUGAGGAGGGCCAGCAUGCCUGCAUAUAUAGAUAUGCAAUCUUGGCUAUGUUGUUUGUGCCAUGCCUUGCAUGCCUGCUGGCCCAGGGCAUGCGGCUACACCGGCUGGCACAAACAACAUAUAGCCGCAUCAUUGGAGCCAUGGUGGGGUUCAUUGCCUUGCUGGCCGGGGCACAAGGUAUCGCAACUACCCUAUGGGUAGUUGCGAUCACCAUGAAUCAGGGCCAGCUAGCCUGUCGGUCCCGGCCACAGGACCUCACCAUGACUUUCAUUUAUGUGCUGGUCCUCCUCAGUGCGGCGCUCUCUGGGGUGGCAUGCAGCUGGUUCCAGAGGCAGCCCUCAAAAUGCAGGGUGGCAUGGCUGCUUGCUACUUGGGUGGCCUCUGCCCUGCUGUGGGGUGCCAGGCUCUGCUUCCACACACGUGCCAACGCAGCUCUUGGUCUUCCCUCCACUUGGGAUGACCUUGAGCAUGCGUUGGCGCUGGUGGUGCAGGCCUGGCUCCUCCUACUGCUGCAUGCCAUCCCAGAGGCCCACACCUGGCUGCGCCUAGCCUCAGAGCCCUGCCCACAGACCCCAGCCAACGUCACCACCACUGGCUUCAGUGAGGAAAUCUCCCUGUCCUCCUGGCCAUUUGGGCACAUGCAGGGCUCCUGGUCCAGUCAGAGCAGUUCAGCCAGGAACACUGACGUUGAACAAGGGCCCAGUAUCCCCUUCGGCAGCAACCAGUCCAUCACCAUCACCAUCCCGGAGGAGGGAGCAGUGACCUCCAUCUAA